UAAUUAAGUUGAAUGUAGGUCAUUCUUGAGUUAAAUAAAGGUUGUUUUUCCAUCAUCACAGUUAAAAAUGUAAUGCAACCUAAAAUUAAACGUUUAUUUAAUGUUAUUUUCUGUCAGGGCGUGGACUCUACUAGUUUUACUGAAACAGCAGAAGGAGAGAAAGUUGUGUGGAAGAGCCCGCAGCGCUUCAGUGCUGAAUCUUUCUUUAAUCCUGUUGUGUAGCAGCGCAGAUAUCGCCUAGCUAGCGAGCAACUCCAGCAGGAGAACACAGAGAGGACUACUUACUGCUUCUAACUGGAUCGUUUUUAAUGUAAACCUUAAAAUAUGGACCACCCGACGUCCACCACCAACCGGUUCGUCAACGCCAUGUUCAAACAACGCGACUCUGAGUUGUCAAGUUUAGCAAUAGAAGAUCCAGUCGAUACAGAGCUGGGCUAUUCCAUGAGAGAUCUGCCCCCCAGAGCAGGUCACACAUUCCCUGGGCGGGAAAUGCCCCUGAUGGACCGGGAACCGGAUGGCAGUGCUCGACCUCACACCCCUGGGACGCCCACCUUCAUGCGUCCUAUAGGAAGAAACCUCUUGGGCUCAGAACCGGAGCUGCUCCGCCGCUGCCAGCUCAGCUCCACCAGCUCACUGGAGUCUCCACUCAGUCCCUCACGACCCAGAAGCCCCUGGAGAUUUGAUCCUUACGACUCCAUUGAGGAUCAGGAUAGGGAAUAUGUGGGUUUCGCAACACUUCCAAACCAAGUACACAGAAAAUCUGUGAAAAAGGGCUUUGCCUUUACACUUAUGGUUGCUGGGGAGUCUGGGUUAGGAAAAUCUACACUGAUCAACAGCCUUUUUCUGACUGAUCUCUACAAGGACAGGAAAAUGCUGAAUGCUGAGGAGAGAAUCACCCAGACAGUGGAAAUCAUCAAACAUACGAUUGGCAUUGAGGAAAAGGGAGUCAAACUAAAGCUCACCAUUGUGGACACACCAGGGUUUGGAGAUGCUGUCAAUAACACGGAGAGCUGGAGGCCAAUUGUGGAUUUUGUUGAGCAGCAGUUCGAGCAGUACUUCAGGGACGAGAGCGGCUUGAACCGGAAGAACAUUCAGGACAAUCGAGUUCACUGCUGCCUCUACUUUAUCUCACCUUAUGGCCAUGGUCUCAGACCUAUUGAUGUGGAGUUUAUGAAGGCUCUACAUGAGAAGGUCAACAUUGUGCCUGUGCUGGCUAAAGCAGACUGCCUCACACCAGCGGAACUGUCACUAAAGAAAAUAAAGAUUCGAGAGGAGAUUGAGAGAUUUGGGAUCCACAUCUACCAGUUUCCCGACUGUGACUCAGAUGAGGAUGAAGAAUUUAAACUUCAGGACCAAGAACUUAAAGAAAGUAUUCCGUUUGCUGUGGUGGGCAGUAACAUUCUCGUGGAAAGCAAAGGCAGACGGUUCCGGGGCCGCACUUAUCCCUGGGGUGUGGUGGAAGUGGAGAACCCUGCUCACUCUGACUUCCUGAAGCUGAGGAACAUGUUGGUGCGCACACACAUGCAGGACCUGAAGGACGUGACGCGUGAAACGCAUUAUGAGAACUACCGGGCUCAGUGCAUCCAGAAGAUGACCCGCAUGGUGGUCAAAGAGAGAAAGCGCAGUCUAUGUAGUCAUCUGAGAGAGAGCGUCACAGAUUUACCACUGGUGCCUGUGGACAGUGAAACAGAGCGGCUCAUUUGGGAGAAAGACGAGGAGCUCCGGAGAAUGCAUGAGGUGCUAGAAAGGAUCCAAGAGCAGAUGCGACACGGACACUGAAUAUAGAGCGAAAACUGUAAAAUCUGCCAGUUUAUUCACAUUAAAUAAUUUUAGGUCAUCUGUGAGGAGAAGAUAAAUCAGCCUGCAAAAUUUACCACCAGUCUUUAUAACAUUUAUAUUAGUGGUUCUCAAUCCUGGUCCUGGAGUACCACUGAACUGCUUGUUUUAGUGCUUUCCUACACCAACACUUCUCCUCCGCCAGUGCUCAUCAGCUGGAUCAGGUGCAUUUACAACAUACAGGGCAGUGUUACUCCAGGAACAGGGUUGAGAAACAUGGUUUUAUACAAAUAUGCAGUUAUUAUGUGGAAAACACGUACAAAUUUAAGUUAUUUAUAACUUAUGGAAGCUUAUGGAAUGUAGCAGAAACAUUCUGUUAAAUAUACAGAUUGUAGACAUUAUGUUUGUGUUUGUAAGCAGAUGAUGAGAUAUUUUGUCUUAAUUUAAUUGAUUAAACAUUAUUAAAGUGUUUAUCUGUAGCUCUGAGACUGAAACAAAGUGCAGACUCGCAGCUGUUACAGAAUAUAAAGUUAACAGACUUGUGUAACUCACUUAUAUUUAAAUACUUUCAAAACAAAUUUUAUGUUACAGAUAGAAAUAUACUUCUCAGGUGUAGCUUCUUUGUGUUACUGAAUCUCAGGGAAGAUGUCUGUUAAGACAGUAAGAAAUCUGCUUAUACAUCCUACUGUGUUCCUUUCAUAUUAAAUAGUUUUGUGUUUACUGAUUAAAUGGCUGAAUAAAAAUCCAAAAAUUACAUGCAUAUGGUCAUAUAUUAAAUUUAAUUAAAAUAUUGUUAUUUAUUUGAUUAACUAAAGUUCUUGUAAAGAUAAGAGUACAGGAACGUCAUAUUACUAUUUAUGAUUUACAGAUAUUUUUGACAGUCAUGUGCCUGUGCUCAAUUUUAAACAUUUAUUAUUGCAUUACCUAUUAAUUUUUUAAAUUACUGGCAGAAACACUAAGGUUGUGAAAUUUGAUUAGAAGUCAUUUUGUUCUUUUGAAUGCCCGGUGUGUACAUAAAAAAAUCACAUGAGUUGAACUAAAUUAAGUCAAAAUAUUUUUCUAAGUAAAAAAUAAAAAAAUUGUCAAAACUUGACUGGAACACAAUUGGAGGGUUAAUGUAAAAAUGUUUUUUUUUUAUAAAUGUAUUGUAUUACAUACACUUUAGUUUUAUUUUGGUGUAUUGUGUUGUCUGUAUUGUUCUUGUAUUGUAUUUAAUAUGAAUUGGUAAUGUCCUUAAAAAAGAUGUCUAUGUGGCCAUGUAAAAUUAUACAUUAAAUUCAGUAACUUUU